UUUGUUUUUGUUUUUGUUUUUGUUCUUAUUUUCUCUAUCGUUGCUGUUUAUAUGGUGCUGCUUUUCUUUUUCGAUCUGUACUCUUUCUCUGCUAGUUUUCAUUUCCUUCUCUCCCUGUGUUCGCUCACUGUUUCUCGGCAGUUGUUUUUGGAAGAAGGUUGUCCAAUGUUUUCAUAUCUGUACUGCUGAGUAUUGCUAUCAAAAGAAAAAAAGAAUAAGCCGUUUUGUUUGCCUUUCGUUCAUUACUUAGAUGCUUUUGCCUCUUGAGAUAUAAUAUAAUUAAUCUUGGAAGUUUGAAACAUUGAUUGUUACUGAACUGGUUUAUUCAGUAUCUGAAAGUUUGGGAUAUACAAAGCACUUUGAGGACCCGACUUCUUUUUCCUUUUCCAUCAGCUAGAGAGAAUUUCUGCAACUGAUUCAUAUUUAUUGAUUUCAAAUCAGGCAUGCCAUGGUAGAAGAAUUAGCAGAAUCUAUUUGUUCAUAUUUAUUGUUGCAAUUGCAGUUUAUGGUAUCUAUCUUCUGAUUAGAUGUAAAUUUUUUAUUUGGUUUUUACUAGAUGAGAUUGAUGGUGCAAUAGAUGUAUUAGUUCGCCAAAAUUUGAUGCAAUGCUUUAUGUUGGUUCCCCGAUACUUGGAAGUGCAUCAAAUAGCUAUACAGUUCAAGUUGUUUGUGCUUUUGUAUGGUGCUAUGUGGUUCACAUGUCUAAUAAGAGAAGAAUAGGUUGCAAUAUGAGUUUGAGGGGAGAAUGAGUACAUGAAGGAGUAAUGAGUCGAGUAAUUAAUAGUAGAAAUGGUUAAGAUAUUGUUAGGAUGGGUCCUGAAGCUUUCUUUAGAUUAUGUGGUUUGUUGGAAAGAGAGGGUGGCUUGCAAGCCACACUUUAUUCACGUGUGUGAAAGAACAAGGUUCUAAGACUCUUUAACAUAUUGAGACAGUAAAAAAUCGUGUAUUUUGCCCUCAUAUGGUGUGGUGAGGCAAUUAGUCAUAAUCUCUAUAUAGUGUUAGAGGCUAUAAUUGAGUUAGAAGGAAAUUUUCUGGUACUACCUGAUGGUAUUUUCGUCCCUCUUGAAAUCCAAACAAAAGAUCAUUGAAAUUCCUCCCCUCCCCAUUCCUCUUUAAAAAUAUUAGGAUAACUAUAUGAUGUUUUAAAAUGUUUUGAAUUUAAAGUUUAAAUUAGUAUCUUUUCAUAAUAUUGCUCAUAUAUUUAAAUGUCCCAUUACUAAUUGUCGUUGGGUGAAGUGAAAUAAUUAAAUAAAAUAAAAUUUAGAGUUCAACUUUGUGAAUUAGAACGAUUUUUUCUGAAAAAAUAAUUAAAAAUAAGGUAUGGUUGCUUUGCAUUUUGCAACAUUGCAUUACAUAUCCUGUAUUUUCAAAAUAAACCCUGCCCUUCUCCUGUGCUCUUUUUUCUUCACUGCCACAACCGUCUCUACCAGCAGCUGCGGUCAACCACUGGUGGUUUAUGGUCCGUCUCGGUAAGGUCACCCUCUGCUCCCAAUCUGUUGGAAUCCACUUCUCUUUCCAUCUAAUCUUAGGCAAUGCGAACAAAAUGGAUUAGAGAAAUACCAUACUCUUGAGAUGCUUGGAAUCGCCGUUGAGUUUCCUUCACCUACUUCAAUUUCUUAACCAAUAAAAACUUGUCUCUUGGCCACUUAAUAAGGAAUGGUUGAAUCCUAACAUUUGUAUUCUGGAUUGUUUAUUAUAAUAAUUGGUUGUCAUUUGUUUAUCCAGUUGAUCUUUCCAAUGUUCUUCAUUCAAGAUCAUAUAUGAAUUAUUCUCAACGGAAGUUGUUUGUGUUUUUGAGUAUUCCCAUCCACCAGAGAAGAAAAAUAAACCAAUCACCCAUUUAUUUUGCAAGGAAAAGUGUUCGUUGCCAUGGCUAAAUGGCUUGGGAUUUAUAAGUGAAUCUGCUUCCAACACCAGGCCUAAACGCAAACAUCAGUAACUUAGCUAUAAAAAAUCAUUGAAUAUAUUUUUAAAUAUGUGGAAGGGAUUAUUCUUCUUUAUAGGAUUUGAGGGAGCAGAUCAAAUGAUGUAGCCAAUCUUUAUGCAAUUAUAUUUUGUCAUACAAUUAUGCUUUUCAAUCAAGUUCUGGAGUUUGAAUUUUUAGACAUUAGAUUUGCAGUGUUAAUAGGUACAGUUUCAUUUUGUUUAUAUUUGAGUUCUCCUUGAGUAUAUUGUGGUUAUAUGUAGAUUUAGUUAUUCUAACAUUGAAGGAGUUUUGUUUCUAAUGUUAUAUCACCAAGCCCAUAAUAGUAUUAUUUUAUAUGAUGUGUAUAAAAUAUUGCAGCAAACAUCGUAUAGUUCCCUUUUCUUUUCUUUUCUUUUUGUUUGUCCAGAAACAUUAUCUAGUAUUGAAGUCUUGAUGGGUCUUGUGCAUUAAAAUUAAAUAGCUAAAAAAGCAACUCGCAUUCUUCUUGUGUGAAAGGUCGGCGUUGCUUGUGGUGAACUGUCACCAUACUCAUCUAUCUACCUUUGAUAGGUAGGGUCUGGCAAUCACCUCUCACAGCAAAGAGAAAGUUUUACACGACAGUGAGUUCAUUAUAAUAGACACAUAAAUCCUAAACCUUAAAAAGGUGCACUCCAACACCCUCAUCAAUGGCAAAAUCAUCGAAUCGGGAACUUAGUACCCAAAAGACGAGCAAGAAGAAGAACAAGAUUGGUCCAGAUGUUGUAGCCAUGAAAGUUAAGGUCCCCAAAGAAAACCCUUUUGAGACGAUUUGGUCUCGAAGAAAGUUUGACAUACUGGGGAAAAAACAUAAAGGUGAAGAGCGUCGGGUAGGCAUGGCUCGUUCUCGUGGCAUUGAGAAAAGGAAUAAAACGCUGUUGAGGGAGUAUGAGCAGAGAGGGAAGUCAUCUGUGUUUGUGGAUAAGCGAAUUGGAGAGAAAAAUGAAGAUCUAGAUGAGUUUGGCAAAGCUGUUUUGAGAUCACAGCGUGAACUCCAGUUGCGCUCAAAAUUGAACAAGAAAAGUAAGUAUAACUUGUCAGAUGGAGAAGAAGAAGAUUAUGAGGGUCAGGAAAUACAAGGAAGAGAUGAUUUUGAGGAUGAAAUGAUUUCUGAUGAUGAUGAUGCUGUUGAGACUGGAGAAGCUAAGAACAAUUCUUCCGUUGUUAGUAUUAAUAAUAAUAUGAGGAUUUCUGGAGAAGAAGGCGAGCCAAAUAAACAUAAAAGCAAGAAGGAAGUUAUGGACGAAAUUAUCUCAAAAAGCAAAAUUUUCAAGGCCCAGAAAGCUAAAGAAAAGGAAGAAAAUGAACAGUUGCUGGAAGAUUUAGAUCAUAAAUUCACUGCUUUAAUUCAGUCUAAAGUAUUAUUAUCUCUGACUGAACCCAGGACGAAUUCCUUGGAGGCUCUGGUGAACAAGAGUAUUACUAUUGAAACUAGCAACAAAGAUAAACUGGCUUUGGAAAUGAGAGCUCGCCCCUCAGACAGGACAAAGACUCCAGAAGAGAUUGCUCAAGAGGAAAGAGAACGCUUAGAGCAAUUAGAGGAAGAGAGACAGAAGAGGAUGGCUGCUGCUGAAGAUUCAAGUGAUGAAGAUCAUGAAAAUUCAGAAAAUUCACCAAAAGACAAGCCAAAGUUGCUCUCUGGGGAUGACCUUGGUGAUUCCUUUUCUGUUAGUGAAGAAACAAUGAGCAAAAAGGGCUGGAUUGAUGAGAUUCUUGAAAGAGAAAAUGCAGAAGAUUCUGCUAGUGAGGGUGGUGAAGCUUCUGAUGAUUCUGAAAGUUCUGAAGAUGCAGAUGAAGAUUCUGAUGAGGAUCCUUAUGAACAUGAAAAUAGUUAUUCUUUGAAGGAUUGGGAACAAAGUGAUGAUGAGAAUAUCAAGCCAAAUUCAGAGGAUGAAGGAGAAGAAGAUAGUGGUGAUAAAGAGAAAGGAAAAAAGGCAGGACGGCAUGACAGGGUCAAUGCUGAGAAGAAAUUGAAUGCUACAGUUCUUAUAAAUGCCAAGAAUAAAGAUGAUGUUGAAAAUGUUAAAAAGGAUAGGGAUUAUUCAGAUUCCAAGAAGAUGGAUUCUGGGGCUAAAAAAUCUUCGGCAAAGUCAGACAUUCCUUAUAUAAUUGAAGCUCCUAAGACAUUUGAAGAAUUAUGUUCAUUGUUUGAUAACUGCUCAAAUUCUGACAUUAUCAUGGUUAUUAACCGAAUUCGAGCAAGCAAUGCAAUCAAACUUGCUGCAGAAAACCGCAAAAAGAUGCAAGUAUUUUAUGGCAAUUUACUGCAGUAUUUUGCUGUUUUGGCAAAUAAAAAGCCAUUGAAUUUUGAGUUACUAAACUUGAUGGGGAAGCCAUUGAUAGAAAUGAGCAUGGAGAUUCCAUUUUUCGCUACUAUAUGUGCUCGUCAAAGAAUAGAAAGGGCAAGAAAACAAUUGGUUCAGAGCUUAAAGAACCCAGAAAGUAGCAGUUGGCCUUCUUCCAAGAUGAUAUUUCUUUUGCGGUUGUGGUCCUUGAUAUUUCCGUGCUCUGACUUUCGGCAUCCAGUUAUGACGCUAGCAAUAUUAUUGAUGUGUGAAUAUCUGAUGCGCUGCCCAAUAUUGUCUGGUCGGGAUGCUGCCAUUGGUGCUUUCUUAUGCUCCAUGCUUCUCUCUAUAUUUAAACAGUCACGGAAGUUCUGUCCUGAAGCCAUAAUUUUUCUCAGAACUCUGCUGGUGAUAGCUACUGAAGAAAAAUCCAUUUCAGGUGAAGAUUCUCAGUUUUAUCAACUUGUAGAACUGAAAACUACCAAGCAUCUCUUGCGCAUGCAAGAGACGGUAAAUGAGGUUAGUCCUUUGGAUUUCAUAAAGAUGAUAAACACGCCAGAGGACUCUCCUUUCUUCUCUUCAGAUGAUUUCAGGGCUAGUGUAUUGGUAGCAGUUAUCGAAACUCUACGGGCUAUGUCAAUAUCUAUGAUGGUUUUAAGUUCAUUUCCUGAAAUCUUUUACCAGUUUGACAUCAUUACGUCGACUGGCAAAAGAAAAAAUACACCAAAUGCACUUCAUGAUAAAAUUGAAGAUGUUGCCGAGCUGAUUAAGUCAAAAGUGGAUGAACAGCACACCACUAGGCGACCACUUCAAAUGCGGAAGCGAAAACCAGAACCUAUCAGGCUAUUGAAUCCAAAGUUUGAGGAGAACUAUGUUAAGGGUAGAGACUAUGAUCCAGAUCGUGAACGAGCUCAGAGGAGAAAAUUGUAUAAACUUUUGAAACGUGAAUCAAAGAGGGCUGCUAGUGAAUUGCGUAAACAGUGCUUUCUUGUAUCCGUGAGGGAAAAAGAGAAGGCUUUAUAUGAUGAAGAAAGAGCAGAGAAGUAUGGAAGAGCAAGGGCUUUCCUUCAAGAACAAGAGCAUGCUUUUAAAUCUGGACAGCUGGGAAAAGGAAGCAAGAGGAGGAGUAAAAACCUGGCUUAUGAUGAUUCUAUGCUUGCUUAUUUCUGUAGAAGAGGGGAUCAGAUAUAUAUGGAGUUGAAUGCAAAAACUUAUGAGCCAUCUCAGAUGCAUGUCAUCUCCAGAUUCCAUAUCUAA